AUGUUGUUCGAACAAUUACCAAACGAAAUUCUCUAUUACAUAUUUUCUCACUUGACACCAUAUCAUCUAUUUUUAACAUUUAAUAAUUUAAACACUCAGAUGAAUAAUAUUAUUCACAGACAUCAUUUGCAUGUUCAGUUAGAAAAGUAUGUGGAUAAUGACGUUCUUAAAUAUUAUUUUGAUAAAAUUAUAUCAACUGUACCUCAUAGUAUUUGUUCAUUGACAUUAUCUACCGACGAUCAGUUACAACAGUUUAAUAAGAGAUUUAACAUUGAAUAUUUCACAAAACUUCAGUAUAUAUCAUUAAAAUGUGACAAAAUGUGUGAAUUUACUCAAAUUGUAUCAAAAUUACGUCAUGUAACAAAUUUAAAAAUUGAAUUUCGGCGCGACAGGGUUUCCAAUGAUAUUCGAAACCAAAAUAUGCAACAAUUAUUUCAUCUUGUAUGGUCCUUACCUGUAUUAAAGUCAUGCUCAUUACUUGAUGGUUAUUUUAGCUCAGGAGACAAAGAUAUGAUCCAUGUACCAUCAAAUAUGGAAAUAUUAUCAAUUAAUAAAACUCCCCCCCCCACACCCUCACAACUUGAAUAUUUUUCAUUCCUAUCUGAUAAUGUACAUGAAAAUAAUGAUUGGCUAAUUGAUGCUCAACAGUGGAAAUUAAUAUUUGAGCAAAUGACCCAAUUGAAACAUAUUGAACUCGAUAUUCAACUAGCACGUGGUUAUAAAUCAAUUGAUCAUUUUAAAACACUAUUAACGUCAUUUCAAACGGAAUAUUAUCGUCAGAAAAACUGGAAUAUUAUUUUCGAUUAUUUUAUUCAUCCGUCUGAUUCUAAACUGGCCCAUGUGUAUACAAUACCCCAUUCGAAUAUCGAGUUGCGUACAAAUUUAUACAAUGUUCUAACGGUGGCUACAUUUCCAACAAAUUUAACUUGUGAAAAAAUUAAUUAUUUAAUAAUAGAUAUUCAGCUUCCAACGUACUCAGCCAAACAACAGCAACGUCGAUUUCCAUCUGUUAAGAAAUUAUGUCUGUGUGCUGAUGAGUUCGAUGAUGAGCUCAACGAUGAGUUCGAUGCAACAACAUUCGUCAGCGAUCUUCAACAAUUUAUUACGUUAGAAAAUGUUCAAGAAUUAGAACAUGAAUUUAAACAAUGGGUACUUUUAGAGCAAAUAUUAAUUUGUUCACCAAAUAUCCAUCGUUUAUCUUUAAGUGUAUGCCUUAAUGAUUUAGAAGAAAUUUAUUGUAACGAAACAUUAUCUACUUUAUUGAGAUCUGCUAUUAAUGAGUUAGAGUUUUACAGACAUAUGUUUUCUCCUGAUAUAUCACCAUGGUCAAGCGAUUAUGUUGAACACUUUAUUGGAAUAUUUUCCAACGUUACAAAAUUUUCAGGCAGUUUGUAUAAUAUGAACGAUUUUUAUCGAUUAUUGCCUAUUAUAUUGGUUCAAAUGAAAAAAAUUCGUCAUAUAUCAUUCCAUCUGCGUGAUUCUGUUACUUAUGAUAGAGAACGAAUGUCGGAUUUACUCAAUUUAUUAAAGCCAGUGAAACAAUUUAAAUUCGAUGUUUAUUAUCUUCACAUUUGGUUGGAAGAAACAGAUAUCCAUCUAAGAUAA